UCGACACCAAUCCACCCCGAUCGGGAUCCGGACAGGUCAACCGAGCGGCUCGGAAGCAGCUGUACUUAUCAUCGCCGGUGCUCUACAGCAAUCAGUCGCUCAGGAGCUUCGGCCAAGUAAAGUCGCUCUAGUUAAAAACCCAACCACCGAAGCAUCAUGUCUGAGAAGAAGGAAAAGAAGACCAAGAAGAAGGCCUCCUCCAAGGAAGAGACUCCCGCCGAUACCCCAGCACCAGAAACCCCGGCGGCACCUACCCCCUCGGAUUCCGGCUCUCAGCGAGGAUCCACCCGUGGCUCGUCCUCCCGCAAAGCCAAGAAGGCCCCAUCCUCCGUCUUCGUCCUCUUCUCCCAGAAGCAGAUCGCCGAAUUCAAGGAGGCUUUCCAGCUAAUGGACAACGACAAGGAUGGUGUGAUCGGCAAGAACGAUCUGCGCUCGACCUUCGAUGCCCUGGGUAAACUGGUUUCCGAUAAGGAAUUGGACGAAAUGCUUGGCGAAGCACAGGGCCCACUCAACUUCACCCAGCUGCUGACGCUGUUCGCCAACCGCAUGUCCGGUGGUGGCCAGGAUGACGAUGAUGUCGUCAUCAAUGCAUUCAAGGCCUUCGACAUGAACGGCAAGAUCGAUGGCGAGAAGUUCCGUUACGCACUGACCCAUUGGGGCGCGGACAAGUUCACCGACGACGAGGUUGACGAUGCCUUCGACCAGAUGAUCAUCGACGAUAAGGGCUUCAUCGACACCGCUGCCCUGAUCGGAAUGCUCACCGGCACCGAAGAGGGAGAGGAAGAAUAAACUCCUCGCUUCCUCCUUCCACAUCCUUUCACCUCCCCCUCUGUUUAAUCUUUUAAACAACCUUUUUCUAUUUAUUUUAACAACAACUUAUCUUGUAUAAAAAAAGAAAAACAACAUCUACAAAAAGAACAAGCAGUGACAACAACAACAAUACGGAGAACAUCUUCAUGUUAAUCACAAUUCCAUUUGCUUAAAUCAUCUGAUUCUAAAUUAUAAUUUUUAUUUUCUUAUGAUAAGACAUGAUUUUUAAGCUAUAAGAAGAAUAAAGUUAUAUAGAAAAAAAACUGGAAAAAAAUCUAUAAAAAUAAAGUGAAAAAAAGUGCAAAAGAACUCUCGUACCGAGGAGUAAAAACUUACAAA